GACACCAUGGACGAUGACCUGGAUGAGGACACUGUGCCCAGAGUGCCAAAUGCCUUAACCGCGGUUCCUCCCAACAUGAAACAUGACCAGAUCAAGACUGCAGCACCUGCUCAGGUCACGACCCCGUCAACUGCCCCCGCUGCCUCGUUCAUCACACAGCACAUCUCAUUCCAGCACCGAGCCCCAAAGCUCCAAAACCUGCCCAUGACUCUUUCACAGCCAGCAUCAAAUCGUGCAGCCCCGCCCCCCCCCAUAACACCCCACGCUCCCCACCCCCAGUCCAGCAUUACUGACUGCCCAUAAGCAAAUAGUGACCACGCCCAGCCUGCAUCCGACUGUUAUCGCCCGCGCUUCAGUGUCCCAUGCUUCAGUUAUCCAAGCUGUCAAUCACGUCAUGCAGCCAGGAGGUCCCAAACAUGUCGCCCACCUCGCCCCCUCCACCACAGCCAGCUCUGUCCACUUGGGCCCUGCCCACCAGCCCAUCGGACACAUCACCGUGCACCCAGUGGCUCACCUGAGUCAGCACCUCCCCGCUCUCUACCCGCAGUCGGUGGCCGUCACCCAGCCGAGUGUGGUGGGUCACAUCGCACACACCCUCAACCACGCCCAUGUGAACGGCACCACGCCUGCCCAGCAAGGCGCCGCCAUCAUUGGCAAGCAGGCGACUGUGGGUGCCCAAAUGGUGACCCACCACCCUCAGCUGGUGGGACAGACAAUUCUCAAUCCUGUCACCAUGGUGACCAUGCCCUCCUUCCCCAUCAGCACCCUGAAGCUGGCCUGAGCGCCGCUGCCGCAGCCAAGGACAUCAUCAUGUCUGC